CACUAUGGGGCUAAAAUGAGACCACAUCUGUCAAGGGUUUUGCCCUCACCUCCCUCCCUGCUGGACGGCAUCCUUGGUGGGCAGAGGUGGGCUUCGGGUAGACCAAGCCGUGCUGAGCUAGGACCAGGAGUGCUAGUGCCACUGUUUGUCUGCGGAGAGGGAGGCCUCAGUGCUGAGGGCCAAGCAAAUAUUUGUGGUUAUGGAUUAACUCGAACUCCAGGCUGUCAUGGCGGCAGGACGGCGAACUUGCGGCAUCUCCACGACCUGCCCCUACAGGUGCCAGCACCUCCGGAAUGUGGCGGCUCACAGGCCUUCUGCUGUUCGUGGCCACCUGGGGAAUUUCCAGCACACCAGCUCCUCUCGGUGCUGCGGAUCCGCAAACGCGCCAACUCCUUCCUGGAGGAGCUCCGUCCCAGCAGCCUGGAGCGGGAGUGCGUAGAGGAGAUCUGUGACUUCGAGGAGGCCAAGGAAAUUUUCCAAAAUGUGGAUGACACACUGGCCUUCUGGUCCAAGCACGUCGACGGUGACCAGUGCUUGGUCUUGCCCUUGGAGCACCCGUGCAGCAGCCUGUGCUGCGGGCACGGCACGUGCAUCGAUGGCAUCGGCAGCUUCAGCUGCGACUGCCGCAGCGGCUGGGAGGGCCGCUUCUGCCAGCGCGAGGUGAGCUUCCUCAACUGCUCGCUGGACAACGGCGGCUGCACACACUACUGCCUAGAGGAGGUGGGCUGGCGGCGCUGCAGCUGUGCGCCCGGUUACAAGCUGGGGGACGACCUCCUGCAGUGCCAGCCCGCAGUGAAGUUCCCUUGCGGGAGGCCAUGGAGGCGGAUAGAGAAGAAGCGCAGUCACCUGAAACGACGAGACACAGAAGACCAAGAAGACCAAGUAGAUCCGCGGCUCAUUGAUGGGAAGAUGACCAGGCGGGGAGACAGCCCCUGGCAGGUGGUCCUGCUGGACUCAAAGAAGAAGCUGGCCUGCGGGGCAGUGCUCAUCCACCCGUCCUGGGUGCUGACAGCGGCCCACUGCAUGGAGGAGUCCAAGAAGCUCCUUGUCAGGCUUGGAGAGUAUGACCUGCGGCGCUGGGAGAAGUGGGAGCUGGACCUGGACAUCGAGGAGGUCUUCAUCCACCCCAACUACACCAAGAGCACCACUGACAAUGACAUCGCGCUGCUGCGCCUGGCCCAGCCCGCCACCCUCUCGCAGACCAUCGUGCCCAUCUGUCUCCCGGACAGCGGCCUUGCAGAGCGCGAGCUCACUCAGGCCGGCCAGGAGACCCUCGUGACGGGCUGGGGCUACCACAGCAGCCGAGAGAAGGAGGCCAAGAGAAACCGCACCUUCAUCCUCAACUUCAUCAAGAUUCCCGUGGUCCCGCGCAAUGAGUGCAGCGAGGUCAUGAGCAACAUGGUGUCUGAGAACAUGCUGUGUGCGGGCAUCCUUGGGGACCGGCAGGACGCCUGCGAGGGCGACAGUGGGGGGCCCAUGGUCGCCUCCUUCCAUGGCACCUGGUUCCUGGUGGGCCUGGUGAGCUGGGGUGAGGGCUGUGGGCUCCUUCACAACUACGGCGUUUACACCAAAGUCAGCCGCUACCUGGACUGGAUCCACGGGCACAUCAGAGACAAGGAAGCCCUCGCCAAGAGCCGGGCACCUUAGCGACCCUCCCUGCAGGGCUGGGCUUUUGCAUGGCGAUGGAUGCGACAUUAAAGGGUCAUGUAACAAGCA